AAUUGAUCAUCUUCAAACAGAUACAGCAGUAUGGCAAGAAUUAUACUUGGAUAUUCUGCUUGACAGCUGAAUCGGUUAUUUCAGUGUGUUUUGCCAUAAUAAGUCUGCUUGAAAAAUAGGAGAGCAGUACAAUGGCAGAGCACUUUUAAGUCCGAAUAAAAUUGCAUAUUUUGUGGUUGACAUGAAAAGCAUGUAGAUAAGGUCUUGAUUUGCAGAUUGAGGAAGUUUAAGAGGUGACUAAGUGCCAGCGCUCCUAGUUUUCUUACAGAGACACACACUAGCAGGGCAUCGUAGCAGGUGGGUUACUGCUUUGUAUUUGAAGGGUUUCGGGGAAAUUGGGCUGUGGUGGAAGGAACCCUGGACCAAGUGUCAGGACCCAGGAUUCACCUUGCCUUUGCCGCUUCCCCUGUGAUCUUUGGACCCUUGUGAUCCAAAGUUGCCUUAUCUGUAAAAUGCGGAAGAGUGGGCAAGACGUCUACAUUCUAAACUCUCCUGCCAUCUAAUACGCCUCUUCUCAGAUGUUUCGUUGGAAGGGAGGGUGGAUGAGGAGUUUCUCUGUAGGCCUCCUUCUUUGGGGAAAUAAAUCUUCAUUUCUUGUUCAUCUUAAAUAAUCUAGUGAAUGUAUUAGAACUGAUUAGGCAGAAUUCUUUGGGACCCUCCAGCCAUCCCUUAAUGAGAUGCAGGCUCACUGAGCCCAGGGCUGCACAGUGCCUGUGCUGGGUGCUGUGUCUGUUACAGAGCGGAGGCUCACCAAGGUAUCUGUUGACUGAAUAAAUAAACAGGUGUUUCUGGAGCUUUUGUAAAUGUACCAUGUGUGGAAUACAGUGGUGGGAAAGGCCCACUCCCGACCUGUAAGGAGUUUCUAAUCUGUUUGUGAACACAGGCUAUAAAUUGCACGUUCCUUUAAAUCAUUUUAUAAGAGCCAUGUUUAAAAGGCCAUGUAUGAUUAAUUGCCAGAUGGAUGAUACAGACAACAAUUGCUUAAGAGUUCAGACUGAGAGGGGAAGGCGAUGGGGGCUGCCAGAGAAGGCUUCACAGGUGAACUUCAGGCUCUAUUCUUGGAAGAAUCCAGGUACUGCUGACGGAAGUAGUGAAAUCGUAAGGGUGGCCUGCUCUUUAAGGAAGAAGGAGGACUUUACUUUGAGUUUAGACAUCCUGGCGAAAAGGAUGGAACACCUCCAUUUCAGGCAUGGAGUUUGGACUUCAGCUGUUAACCUACAAUUUGAGAAGUUCCUGUUUCUGCCAUGACCUAAUGCCCCUUGAGGAGAUCCUGACCACGAGUGAAUUUUCUGUCCCAGGCUAGAAACAAACCAAACAAGCCAGCCUGUCCGGUCACCUGAACUUAUUAAAAUUCCAAGGGACAUGUGUUAUUUACAAUUUCUUUCUGUCUGUUUUAGACGAAAUAAUUCAUUCUGGCAAGCGUUUCGUUUACAACAGAGAGGGAGCAUGUUCUGGUGGGAGGGAGAAUAAAAGAGCCUUUGAUUCGAUUGCUUCUGAGUUCCAGCAGGAGGGCCCGCGCCGCCUUGGGCUAGCGUCUUAUUUUGGACUUGGGAAGCCAUCUUAGCCCAGCUGUGUGAGUGCCAGCUCGUGUUGGAGGGAAAAGAAUAACACCAUUGGAUCACGUUAAACCCCUGCUGCCUGUCGAUGGAAGGGUUUCUCUCAUUUCACAUUCCUGGCAUUAACUUGGUGGCUCAUUUCCCCCAAGUCAGAGCUCCAUCUGAAUUUGCCAUUUGAACUUGGAUUGAAGUCAUGAGGUUCCUGUGACUCUAUCUCGGCUGGUCUGUCGACUGAGUACAGGAAACUUACCAAGUUCCUGGUCUCUUUCGGCUCCCCCUCUUUGGCCACCCCACGGGCACAAAUAAAAUCAGCAUUCUUCUCUUCUUUAGAUGACUCCUGGGGAGACGUGGCCCAUUGUACCUUGGAUUUCCACGGUCAUUAAAUCAGUAGCCUCUUCGAUUGCCAACUAAAUGGCUGGGGGAGCCUUAAUGAAUUGUAGAUGGCAGCUCAGGCCUGUGGAAUUACAGGGAAAAGUCAUUUUGGGAACCGGAAGUUUUGACCAUUCCAGGCUUGUCUGUGUGAGCACCUUAAGUCAGACACGAAUGCCUUCACUGGGGAAAAAAAAAGAAUCUUUUCUCUUUUAAGCAAUUCUUUUAUUUACAGCAACAAAAUGCUCCCUAGCUGAAGAGGAAAAUUCUCAUUGCUGAAUGUGUCUAAAGUAGAACCUAAUUGCUUUCGACCCUCCCACAGCCUGCUUUACAAAAAAAAAAUAGUUAAGGCUCUCCACUGAAAUGCAUGCUUGGUCGUUAUCUCGGUUACAUUAGCCCUUGAAGCAGUCUGAUUACAACUUCUAGCUGCCAAGCCCUGUCCUGCAGCAUUAUCUGGAGCAGAAAUUUUCCAUGUGGUUGUUUUUAGCAGAGCAACUAUAUGCACACUGCCCGGGGAAGAUGUAAGUUGCAAAGAAACAGAGCUGCUAGAAGGGGAAAUGCAUGGAAGAGGAGAUGGUUUGUGUUACGCAGUGGCCGUUUGACUGGAGAUCCAGAUGUCUUGGAAUAUUACAAAAAUGAUCAUGCCAAGAAGCCUAUCCGUAUUAUUGAUUUAAAUUUAUGUCAGCAAGUUGAUGCAGGAUUGACAUUUAACAAAAAAGAGUUUGAAAACAGCUACAUUUUUGAUAUCAACACCAUUGACCGGAUUUUCUACUUGGUAGCAGACAGUGAGGAGGAGAUGAAUAAGUGGGUUCGUUGUAUUUGUGACAUCUGUGGCUUUAACCCCACAGAAGAAGAUCCUGUGAAGCCUCCUGGCAACUCCUUACAAGCACCAGCUGAUUUACCGUUAGCGAUAAACACAGCACCGCCCUCCGCCCAGGUGGAUUCCUCCGCUGCUCCUCCUCCGCCGUAUCAGCUAAUUAGCCUUCCGCCACACCUGGAAACUCUUGGCAUCCAGGAGGACCCUCAAGACUACCUCUUGCUCAUCAACUGUCAAAGCAAGAAGCCUGAACCCCCCAGCCAAGGGUCAUCUUUUGUUUCUGAAGAAGGAGAGGAAUAUCUACUGCUAGAAGAUUUUGAAAGCAAAACGAUUCCAUUGCAAACACACACUGAUUCUGCCAAAUCCACCUCUUCUGAGACAGACUGCAAUGAUAACGUCCCUUCUCAUAAAAACCCUGCUUCCUCCCAGAGCAAACACGGAGUGAAUGGCUUUUUUCAGCAGCAGAUGAUGUAUGACUCGCCACCGUCUCGCGCUGCAUCUGUUUCUGUCGACUCCAGCCUUUAUUACCUGCCCAGGAGUUACUCCCACGACGUUUUACCAAAGGUGUCUCCAUCAAGUACCGAAGCCGAUGGAGAACUCUAUGUUUUUAAUACCCCCUCGGGGACCUCCAAUGUAGAGACCCAGCUGAGGCACGUAUCUAUAAGUUAUGACAUUCCUCCAACACCUGGUAAUACUUAUCAGAUCCCACGAACAUUUCCCGAAGGAACCUUGGGGCAGACGUCAAAGCUGGACACUAUUCCAGAUAUUCCUCCACCUCGGCCACCGAAACCACACCCGGCUCAUGACCGCUCUCCCGUGGAAGCGUGUAGCAUCACACGCGCAGCCUCGGACACUGACGGUAGUUACUGUGUCCCUACGGCAGGGAUGCCACCGUCACGUAGUAAUACCAUUUCCACUGUGGAUUUGAACAAAUUGCGAAAAGAUGCUAGUUCUCAAGAUUGCUAUGAUAUUCCACGAACAUUUCCAAGUGACAGAUCUAGUUCACUUGAAGGCUUCCAUAACCACUUUAAAAUCAAAAACGUAUUGACGGUGGGAAGCGUCUCAAGUGAAGAACUGGAUGAAAAUUACGUCCCCAUGAAUCCCAACUCUCCUCCACGGCAACAUUCCAGCAGCUUCACAGAACCAAUUCAGGAAGCAAAUUAUGUGCCAAUGACUCCAGGGACAUUUGACUUUUCUUCAUUUGGAAUGCAAGUUCCUCCUCCUGCUCACAUGGGCUUCAGGUCCAGCCCAAAGACCCCUCCCAGGAGACCAGUUCCUGUUGCAGACUGUGAACCACCUCCCGUGGAUCGGAACCUCAAGCCAGACAGAAAAGGUCAAAGUCCUAAAAUUUUAAGACCCAAACCCCAUGGUUUAGAGCGAACUGAUUCACAAACCAUAGGUGACUUUGCUACAAGAAGAAAGGCCAAGCCAGCACCUUUAGAAAUAAAACCUUUGCCAGAAUGGGAAGAGUUACAAGCCCCAGUGAGAUCUCCUAUCACUAGGAGUUUUGCUCGAGACUCCUCCAGGUUUCCCAUGUCUCCACGGCCGGAUUCAGUGCACAGCACGACUUCAAGCAGUGACUCGCACGACAGUGAAGAAAAUUACGUUCCCAUGAACCCAAACCUGUCCAGUGAAGACUCGAAUCUUUUUGGCAGUAAUAGCCUGGAUGGAGGAAGCAGCCCAAUGAUCAAACCCAAAGGAGACAAACAAGUAGAGUACCUAGAUCUAGAUUUAGAUUCUGGGAAAUCCACACCACCACGCAAGCAAAAGAGCAGCGGCUCAGGCAGCAGUGUUGCGGACGAGAGAGUGGACUAUGUCGUGGUUGACCAGCAGAAGACCCUGGCUCUGAAGAGCACCCGGGAGGCCUGGACGGAUGGGAGGCAGUCCACGGAGUCUGAAACACCAACCAAGAAUGUGAAAUGAAAGUACCGCUUUGCUGUUUCCUGAGCAAAAGAGGGCUGAACUGUCAAGAGAAAUCCUGUUUGCCCGGAGAUGACCUGACACAGCUACUGUAGGUAGAUCCUCCGCUGAGUAGAGUCUAAGUCAAAGGACCUUCCAGACAUAAUCAAGCAAUCUAGACUGUCCAUGGUGCUUUGUGGUGGCUGAACAAUUCAUCACGUGUACAUAGUGUGGGAAAAUAGUGUUGUUUGGUUCCCAGAGAAACAUUUGUUCCAUAGUUAACACACUUGUAGUAUUACUGUAUUUAUGCACUUUUUCAUUUAAAGCAUUGGUUUGGGUAUUUCCAAAUGGACCUUAACAUGAUUCCUUUGGGGUUUCUUGUUCUUCCUCACUCUACUCUAAGAACUAUACCAAGUUAACUAAGCUACUUUUAGAUUUGGAAAUUACUCUUUAAACCGCAGUAUAACAACAUUACAAUGCGAAGUAAAUUCACAACCUGCCUUUCUACCUGAAACUUCACAUGGUAACCGUUAGCUUAAACUACAGAGCACAGUUGGACUCAUUCGUUACCUUCCAAAGUGCUGAGCAUCAUGUAUGUACUGGUGUCAGGACUUAGUUCUCUGCUUCGUGUACAUUGAGCUUUCAGUGGUGGAACCUUAUUCUGUUUUGUUAAUUACAGUGUUUGGGUUCAUUGAAUGAAGAUUCUCCCCGGAGUGAGGGCGGGAUCUUACACCUUGGAAAGAGUGAAUAAUUACACUAUCAAGUAAGCUUACAGAUCACUGACAGCAUGUGGUGGUGGUGGUGGGGAGCUCUCACACUUGUUAACAUGUAUUAAACUCUACUUGCCAAGUGUAGAUUAUGUAACUAAUCAGGUACGUACCAGGCACUGAUGUGCUCAUACACUGAUCAGGUUUAGAAAACUAGCAUUAGUGGUGUUCUUGUUAGUCCUCUAAUUUUGGUUUCCAGUUUGGAGUUAAUGACACAGUUGACAUUCACUGUUAGUUAUAGCAACAUACUGUGAUUUUUAAUUAGACAGUAAUUCAGAUUUAUUACUCUAAGAAUGAAAUUCUAUCUUUUGACACCAUAGUGCCCUUUCUAUGAUUUUUUUUAACUUUACUUAAUAUUCUUCUUGGCCUUAUACUAUUUAAAUCCCUAUGCAAUUAAUAUUUUUUAUCUGCAGUUUUUUAAAAAAAGUAGAUGUUAUGUAAGUAAUUCUCAUGUAGCAACUAUUGCUUUUCCAGUAAAAGAAUUAAGGAUUUUGUACUGUGAUUUAUAUUCACUGCCCCGAUUCAAGAAAUAUUGGAGCCUUGCUAUAAUGUGAAAUCUUAUAGUCAUGGACCUCUUCCAACCAGAUUCCUGAAACCAUCUGAUUCUGUCUCACCUAUACAACAAGGGCCUGUGACAUGGAUAUCACAACCACAAAUUAUAUCUAGUGAGGCUACAAUUGUACUUAUCUGUCUUGGCUUUGCAGUGUAAUUUAGAAAGCAGGUAUAAUUGUUUGUUUUUUAACCAAGUUACAUACAAUCUCUUAUGUAUUGAUUUGAGACUUACUAACAGGUUUUGGAGGGAGCAUAGAAAUAGGAGUGCCCACAGCUGAGGCCCAUCUCCCUCCAUCCUGACCUCUGUUGCCUGAGUACAUAGAUGUGCCCUGAUUUCUGGCUGCCUGGCCGGAGUGCUGUGCCUACUCAGUGUAAUGGGUUUAUGUCCCUUCUAUGAACUAAAAAUGUUCAGAACAAGAUGAAUUGUAGACUAGUAACAUUUGAUGUUUUUAAAUGUUUGCUUCUUUUUAAACCAAAACUAAAACCCAGAACUGAAUUUUGAGGUGGAUUUUUAAAUAAAAAAGAUUGUUGGA